AGACAGAUAUGAGACACUCCAGUACACUCUUCUUUAGUUACAACAUAUGCCUCGCGCUCACCUUCAUCCUGACAUCGACCACCUUCCGCCCGUCAUGCAUCCCACAUCCCACAUCCCACUACCGCGGUUCAGCCGCUAAGGGUCCCCUUUAUCACACAUGCACAUUCUUUCCCGACGGUGACUCUCAAUGAGACAAGGAGAUCCCUACCCUUCCUCUCGCUCUCUCUCCAGUCUCUCCUUCCUCCCUUUCUUACACUUGCAAGUUCGGGACAUGGGGCGUUUGGCCGCCGGGAUAUUCGAGACGUGGCGUUGAUCCAGCACUGAACGACUGACGAUUUCACGAUUCAUGUCCCUCCCCAAACAUUAGCCUUCCUUUCAAGGCGAUAACUUUGAUUGAUUGAAUGAUUGAUUGAUUGAUUGAUCCGCAAGCAUACUCGCCAUCAGCAUGGCAGACUUCGCCUUCACAAGGCAAGACGAGACAUCGGUAGCUGCUGAAACCACCAAGAUCGUCCCAUUGACCUGCCAUGGCCACUCACGCCCCAUUACCCACGUCUCCUUCUCCUCCCUCCUCGCCUCCUCCGGCACCGCGAGCCAGUACUACAUGAUUUCCGCCUGCAAAGACAACAACCCCAUGCUCCGUGACGGCUUGACUGGUGACUGGAUCGGCACCUUCAUCGGCCACAAAGGCGCCGUAUGGAGUGCCCGCCUCUCCGAAGACGCCACCCUCGCCGCAACAGGCUCCGCUGACUUCUCAGCCAAAGUCUGGGACACCUUCACCGGCGAGACGCUCGCAACGCUACAGCACAACCACAUCGUUCGCGCCGUCGCCUUCCCACCGCAAGCGAAGCCUCAAGUCCUGGCGACGGGUGGCAUGGAGAAGAAAUUGCGCGUCUAUGACCUCUCCCGCGCGACUAGCGAAGCGUCGCCCACAAACGGCGUCAACGGCACCACCACCACCACCAACCCCGCAGACGCCUCCCCCUCCUACGAAAUCGGCGACUCCCAACACCAAGGCGCCAUCAAAUCCAUCGUCUGGUCGCGCGACCCGAGCAUAAUAACCACCGCCUCGGACGACAAGCAAAUCCGGUGGUGGGACCUCCGCACCCGCACGAGCAUCGCCUCCCACUCCAUCGACGCCCUCCCCGGAUCCUGCGAACUCAACGCCGGCCUCGACCACAACCCGGAAGGAACGCUCAGCGUGGCCGCAGGCAAGAACGUGUAUUUCUUCGACGGCGCGCGACCGGGCCAGUUGAUCAAGCAUAUCAAGACGAAUCGGGAGGUGGCGAGCGUUGCACUCAACGGCGAGGCGAGGAGGUUCGUCACGGGGAGUCCGUCGGAUACGUGGGUGCAUUUGUGGGAUUGGGAUCGGGAGUGUGAGUUGGAGACGGGGAGGGGACAUCAUGGGCCGGUGUGGACGACGUGUUUCAGUCCCGAUGGCAAGUUGUAUGCUACGGGGAGUGAGGAUGGGACGGUCAAGCUGUGGAAAUUCGCUGCCGGGCCGUAUGGGCUUUGGCGGUAGGGAUGAGAGAAGAUAACAUGCAUGGCAAAUGCCGGUUUGUGUCAGCGCCUAUGCUAGCAAUGCGGGAAAUGAGAGAGCUGUCCUGCUGUGCGCGUGCAUCGUUCCUCCGAAGCGCCACACCACAUGCUCUUUCAACAUGAUGAAGGAAGAGGAGAAGGAGAACAGGCCGUCUCAGUGAAUUAAAUCCAUGUCAUAUCUUCUCUGUAAAGCCGAUGCAUACCUCCAGUGAAGCGACAUACAUUUGCAGUCUCGAUACCAUGCCCUACAGUCACCCGCUCCCAGAGCGCCAUCUCCUACCAUUGCCACGCUCGUUACAUGCUCUCGCGUCCAAGUAAUGCCGGCCGUCCGUCCGAUGCAAAAAGCUCUCCACUGCGCUGUUACUAGCGACGCCCCUCCGUGUGAAAUGAAAUGAUCAAC